AUGUUUAAUGCAAACCAAUCAGUUGAUAAUAACCCCAAGAAAAACAUUUAUACUCAAUUGAUUAGCUUGAAUAACGCUAAUAAUAACAGUGGCGGCACCAUAACCACCGCUAAUAACAACAAUGACUUGUCUCUUUUCAGUAACAACUAUAACAACGGCGUCAAUUCUCAAUUCUCCUUCUCUUCUCAUGGUGCUUCUUCUUCCUCUUCUUCAGCUGUGGACACUACGAAAGUUACCCAUUCUACUGGUCAAAGAUCCCGUCAUCAGUUUUCCAGCCCUAAUGCCACAGCCAACCAGAACAAUACCGAAAGUUCCAUAUAUGGCAUGGAGAAUACCAGGGCUUCCCAAUAUUUCACAAAAGAUUUUGGCACCACUGCCUCUCAACCUUCUUUUAAUUCCACUUUACAGAAAUUUGACAUUAAAAAUAUUAACCAACCUGCACCUGCUUUCAAUUCCAGUGUCCAUAAUUUUGGCUUACAAAAAUUCUCCCAAAGUGAUUCCGGGGUAGUUGUCUUUAGGGAUUCCACCCUCAAUAUUUCUGAUAGCAAUGCUGUCGCUUAUGUUUCCAAUAACGGUGGCAUUUUGAACUCUAACAAUAGUCAAGGUUCUUCAACAGCUAAGUAUGGUGCUUUCGGUGAUAGCACAAGUUCUGAAUCUUCCAAUUUUAUCCACUCUCCUUUGGGAACUACAUAUAAAGAGUCCACGAUGGUUAAUGAUACAGAUUUUGCCAAUAACGUCCGCUUAGAAGGACAAAUAAAUGAGGUUCUCAAUAGCAAAUUACACCAAAGACAAGAGCUUGAAAAACUUUCCGAGGAACUUAGUUUGACAAAAGGUGGUGCUCUAAAGGAAACUGUUGAACUCAGUGGUGCUGCUAUUAGAUUGUAUGCACAGUUGGUUGAGCACACAGAGUCUCAAGAAAGAAAAUUAAAAGACACCAACGCUCGUCUUGAAGCCAUAAUGACUGCCAUGGCCAUCGCUCCACCAAAUGGUAUCACCAAAUACGGGAAAUAUGAUGUACAGGAGGUUGCUCACAGAUUCUUGAUUAAACAAGAAACUUUGAAACAAGAGAACACAGAAUUUAAGAAAUUGCUUGACUAUGGAAAAGCAAAAGAACAUGAUAUAAUUAUUGGGUUGUUAGUUAACGAAAUGAAGACUUUAAGUAGGCAAAAGGAAAGAUUAGAAAAAGAGAUUGCAACAACCAAUUGA